AAUAGGGUUAUGGCUUUUUACAUUUGGGUUCUUUGAUCUUCUUCAGGCGACUGUCACCAACACCACUGUUUCGGAUUCCGCCGUUGUUGUCUCUCUCUCUGAGUCUCCUCCGGGUUAAGUAAUUGGAGAUGGCCCUCGCUACCUCUUGUCAUCCGGAGUGCAAACGAGCAUUGAAUGCGCAAGAAGAUUAUGAUGCGUCUCAGUCUGCUGCUUUGGUAGCAGCGAAUCUGAUAAGCGCUGCGCGGGUUAUACUUAAGCUCGACACUGAGUAUACUUCUUACUCAGCUCAGUUUUUGGUUGAUAACGCUUGUCCAAAGAAGGAAGACGGGCAAAGCUGCGAGCUCACUGUUAAAGAUGCCCUUGCUUUUGCUUUGAAAGAAGGGUUGCCGAAAGAAGUUGUUUGGGCACAUUUGGGAUGUAUGUUCAAGCCUCCUCCAUCUGCUUGUCGCAUUCCUCGUGUUUCCAUGAAAGAAGAAGUUGUUGAAGCUAAGGAUUUGGAUGGAGCAUUCAAGCUGUUGGUGCAUCAACCCGUGGGAGCAAAACUGCAUGUGUUCAGUCCACAGAUUGAUUGUGUUGGAGAGGAGGUUCCCCUAUUUGCUUGUCAGAUACCUCGCGUUCCCAUGAAAGGAGAAGUGAUUGAGGCUACAAAUUGGGAUGAAGCACUUGAGCUGGCUAUGCAACAACCGGUGGGAGCAAGACUGCAUGUCUUCAGUCCAGAGUUCGAUCGUCGUUUUGGAGAGAAGGGAAUUUACGAUGGGCCGUCAGGUAAGGGAACUCGAUAUGUUGGGCUUAGAGAUGUGAUAGUUGUUGAAGCGGCGAGGAUCAAGGGAAAGGAUGUUGCGACUGUUCAAAUAUGCUACAAGAAGAAGACCUCAUUUGUCAAAGUUGCUGUGAAAAGUAGGUCACUCCGGUUUAAUGGUGGCGACAAGUCUCAGCGAACAUCACUGCUUGUUGACUUCUGUAUGCCUCGCUUUUCUAUCAACUAAACGAGAGCUGAGACCGUGGUAAGUAUCCGGAGAUUUUUAUGCUAGUUGUGGAACUUGUUUGUUGGGUCCUGUAUUAAGAAUGUUUUGUUGGGUCCUCGCUUUUCUGUUUAAGAAGUUAAGUAUCUUGAAAACCCUAUGUUUGUUGUUGUGGAACCCUGUUUGUGGUCUAAAAUUGAAUAUUGUUUUAUGAGACU